AUGGCGGAAGCGGAAGGGAGUUCUCCGCUCCUGUUGCCACCGCCGACGCCCCCUCCCGGGAUGGCGGAAGUGGAGGUGCCGACGGCGGCCGAGACGGACAUGAAGCCGUACCACGGCUCUUGCGGCGUCACCAUGGACGUGGAACGGAGCCGCUUCCCCUACUGCGUGGUGUGGACGCCUAUCCCGGUGCUCACGUGGUUUUUCCCCAUCAUUGGUCACAUGGGCAUCUGCACAUCCACAGGAGUCAUCCGGGACUUUGCUGGCCCCUAUUUUGUCUCGGAAGACAACAUGGCCUUUGGAAAGCCUGCCAAGUACUGGAAACUGGACCCUGCACAAGUAUACGCCAGUGGGCCCAAUGCAUGGGACACAGCUGUGCAUGAUGCCUCUGAGGAAUACAAGCAUCGCAUGCACAAUCUCUGCUGUGACAAUUGCCACUCACAUGUGGCUUUGGCCCUGAACCUGAUGCGUUAUAACAACAGCACCAACUGGAACAUGGUGACUCUCUGCUUCUUCUGUCUGCUCUAUGGGAAGUAUGUCAGUGUCGGGGCCUUCGUGAAGACCUGGCUGCCCUUUGUCCUCCUCCUGGGCAUCAUCCUGACCGUCAGCCUAGUCUUCAACCUGCGGUGAUGCCUCCAGAUGGCUCAAACCUACCAGGCUCCCAAGGAGGCCUCUGUUGCACCUUUUGGUCCCAGAUUCUUCCCCUACCUCCAAAGGCAGGACUGGCCUGCUGGGUUGGAAUAGGUCUGGGCUUGGGAUGGAAAGACUGAGGAUGGGAGGGCAGGACUAUCCGCUUGUCAUGUCUCACUAGCCACUCAGAAGCUCCCUGAUCUUGUGACCCUGCCCUCUUGGUACCAUCCUUAACCCUCCUCCUGGGAAGGUCUUAACCUCCUUAGAGCCCCUCCUGCCAUUGCCAGUGGGUUUCUUCUUCUGCCAUGGUGCAGGGCCCAUUGAGGACACAGGCCCACCUGUGGAAGCAGCGCCGUGCUCAGAGCUGGAUUUGAAGCUGCCUCUGGCUGGUAGCUCUGUCCUGAGGUCGGAUGGAGUUUGCUGAAACAUCUCUGAGCUUAGACAACUUGGAACUGUGCUGGCCUAGAAUGGUCCAGAAGAGCUGGCUGGGCUCCUGCUUCCUGUUUUUGCAGAGCUGCACUAGGGCACUGUGUGCCUGUCUGUCAGGCGUCCUCCAGCCCAUGCAGCCUCCUCCCUACCCCAGAGCCUCCCAACACCUGAGCCAAUCUCCCCUCCCCCAGUAGUCUGGGGCCUGGCUGGCAAAUUGAGUGGAGCCAACAGGUACAGAGUAGCCUCCUAUAGAUGAGGCAAAGUGAAUCCCACUUGGUGCCAGCCCAGGUAGUCCCUGCUACUGGUGAUGAGACCCCUUGGAUCCAGCGUGGGUGGUAGUCCAUCCAAGCAGCCAGUGCCAUCCUGGAGCAGAGGGCUCUGUUCACGUUGCCAGAACGGGCCCUGUGCUGCUCACCUACCCCUGCCCCAUAGGUUCCUUUGUGAAGGGCUCCCUGGCAGAAAAUAAAGUUUUGAGUCAG